AUGCUGAUGCCUAAAAAGAACCACAUUGCCAUUUACGAGCUCCUUUUUAUGGAGGGAGUGAUGGUAGCCAAGAAAGAUGUUCACACGCCAAAGCACCCAGAGCUGGCAGACAAGAAUGUGCUCAACAUCCACGUCAUGAAAGCCAUGCAGUCGCUGAAAUCUCGUGGCCAUGUCAAGGAGCAGUUUGCAUGGAGGCAUUUCUACUGGUAUCUGACCAACGAAGGCAUCCAGUACAAUUUCUGGUGGCACCAUCUGCCACCUGAAAUUGUUCCUGCCACCUUAUGGCGCAGCUGUCCUGAAACUGGCAGACCACGGCCUAAAGGUUUGGAGGGUGAGCGUCCUGCUCGCCUUACCCAUGGCAAAGCUGACAGGGACACAUACAGACGCAGUGCUGCUCCUGGUGCUGGCAAGAAAGCAGAAGCUGGUGCUGGGGCAGCGGCUGAAUUUCAGUUUAGAGGUGGAUUUGGGUGUGGACGUGAUCAGCCACCUCAGUAG